AUGGUUUCUCUUUCCCUUCUGGCUUGGGCGAGCUUUUCGCUCGCCUCACUUUGCACUUGCUCAAGUCUAGCUCCUGUGGUGACCACAAAUGGAAGUGUAAUCGGAGUUAGCGAUGUGGCUAAUGGAAUUGAGAAGUUCCUGGGCAUUCCAUAUGCUGAGCCACCUGUCGGCGACAGACGGUUGCGUCAAGCUAUGCCCUUGACAAAUUCGUUUGGAGUUCUUCAAGCACAGAAUUUUGGGCCAUCAUGCCAUUCUGCAAGAGACCAGGGCAACGCCAGCGAAGAUUGCUUGACUCUGAACAUUUGGAGAGCAGCCAAUACAACUUCGGGUACAGAGACAUUACCUGUACUGGUCUGGCUGUAUGGUGGCGGACUGACUAAUGGUUAUACGGCCGAUCCUAGAUUUGAAGGCACCUCUAUCACGCGCAUUUCGAAGGAGAUAGGGAAGCCCAUUGUGCUAGUUUCUCUCAACUAUCGUUUGGGGUCAUUCGGAUUCUUGAACGGGAAAGAGAUGGCCGAGCAGGGUCUCCUCAACAUAGGCAUGUUGGACCAACGGCUUGGACUUCACUGGAUUCAGGACAACAUUCGGGCAUUUGGAGGCGACCCCAAGAGAGUCACAUUAGCUGGAGAAUCAGCCGGCGCGGUGUCUAUCUACUCUCAUAUGAUGGCCUAUGGUGGCAGAGAUGACGGUCUCUUUCGUGGUGCGAUUCUUCAAAGCGGUGGCGCUUUCCCACUUACACCUCCCAACACACCAGCAUUCCAAAAGAAACUCGACUGCAUCAGGAAGCUUCCUGUAGAAACUUUUAAAGAAGAGGUUGGGCCAUCGACGGGGCAGUCAAUCGACGGUGAUUUUAGUCGCACAUCCAUUCAGCGAGCAAUUCCCGAAGGCAGAUAUCUCAAAGUCGCAACCAUUGUCGGACCAAAUACCGAUGAGGGCACAACUUCUGCUCCCACCGGGAUUAAUACCACGGCCCAAUUAUUUGACCCAGUAGCAAAAGGGUACUUCCGCCCUCAACUGUUGCCCAACGAUACAGUAUCCACCCUGAUUAAGAUGUAUUCCACUAACCCAAGCCUUGGAUGCCCCUACAAUACAGGGAGAGCCAGCUUCUCUUCUGGGGCUCUCGAUAAAAUGGCUUGCUCCAUCUUCGGAGACAUUGUCCAGAUAGGACCCGCCCGCAUGAUUGCACAAGGUUUGGUCAAAGACGGUGUUCCGGUCUACAGGUACAGAUUCAAUCACCUGUCCUCUAAUACUUCGACAUUCACCAAGGCCAUCGGAACAGGAGUGGAGCAGUCAUAUGUUUUUUCAAACCUCAUUGCCGAUCAACCCUGGGAUAGGAAUAUGGCAUACCAGAUGUCAGCAGCUUGGAUCGGCUUUACACACGACCUGGAUGUUACGGCCAGCUAA